ACCUGUGCCCCCAACACACACUCUCACAAACACACUGAGGACUGAGGACUGAGCAUCUGUAAACAGCAUGUCUUUUAAUCACAUCGUUGACACUGCAGUUGACAAAGCAGCUUCGGUAGCUAAAGUGAAGGUAAAAUCUAUGUUGGGAGGAGGAGAUGGAAAGAGCAAGUCUGGGGGAGGCAAGUCUGGGGGAGGAAUAGGAGGCCUCUUCCCCUCCGCAGGAGACGGAGGCGACAAGAGCAACAAGGGAGAAAAGUCAAAAGGAGGACUGUUUGACAUGCUCAAAUCUCCACCAAUGGAAGGGCCAAAAAGCGAAGCGAGCGGAGGAGCAGAAAGCUCAGAUUUCAAUUCUGCUGUAGACGAUCUCGCUAAUUUCUAAGCAGAAGAGGGGAGUAACAGAAGACAGUCAUUCAUCCAUAUGUCCACCUGUCACCAAGAGACAACUAUUGCCAUUAUUCAACCUCAGCUUUUUUUUUUUUACAUACUUAAUAUAACAAAGAAAACCUUUUUUGUAUUCCUGUUUUGCAAUGCAACAUAUGCCAGACUGGUGUGUGGGUUGUUGUAUAUAUGAAGGCACAGAAAAUGAAGAUAAGCUAAUCAAAAAUUAUAUACCAAUCUACCAAUAUUAAUGGGUCACUUGUAACAAUGUCAACAAUGAUUCAAGGAAAAAUAGUAACAUAUUUUUGUAGUCUAAAUAUUAAAAACCUUAAUAAACACUGCAAAAGAUUUGCAAAUGUGUACUA